UGGAACUGUAGAAACGUGAUUUCUGAGUUUGAAAUGUUACAAUUUCAUGCAAUAUAAUUUUUUUUUGGAGUUUAAUUUGAAUAAUGAUAUAAAUUUUGAAGUUUGCUUUGAGCAGUUUCUUUUCAGAAAUUUAUUUAUAUAUCUGUGUGCCUCUCUGUAGGUGUGCGUUUAUAUCUAUCACAAGCCAGCCAGCUAGAAUGCAUAAAUUAGCUUAAUUAGAGAGUUUUGUUUUGUUUUGUUUUUACUUUGUCCAAAACUAGGAAUUUCCUUGUUUUGGGGAAAAAAAAGUUGUUUCUUUUGGGGAAAAAUAUAGACUAAAUAAUGCUCUUAAUUUUGCGCUUUGUUUGUCUUUUUUUUCAUUAGAGUUUUGGAGGCUUUUGUGUUAUGCCCUGAUAAAUGAGCGGCUUCUGUUGCCUAUUUUAUAUUAAUUCCUUAUUCAGUGAUUAAUAGGCUUUUCUUAGCAUCUUAUCCAACCCUUGCAUGAUUUAUUUUACCUCUUAUUCAAUGAUCAAUGUCUCAGUUUAUCAUUAAGGAAAGUAUUCCUGCGUUUAUUUCCACUUUUUUUUCUUAGUUUUAUGUUUUUGGAAUCCUGAAGACCAAAUAGCAUUGUCUGUGGUCUGGGUCAUUGAGUUGGUAUUUGGUAUGUGAAUGGUACUGACUGGCAAUUUAUUCCUGUCUGUCCAUAAACAAAACAAGAAGUAAUUUGGGAUAACAUUCUGUCAAAAUUGGGUGCCAUUGCUGUUGGAUUUGAGCUUGUACCUGAGAUGAGAAAUUAUUGGAUAUGGACAUCUUGUACGGGAAUCUCCAAAAUCUGGGUAUUUAUCUGAAUGUAAAUCGGUUGGUGUAUUGAAAGGUAGGGUAGCUGAAACUGUUUUUCAGCUAAGCAAGGUGGACUACGUUUAGUCUGUUUAACAAGGAUAUCAAUCAGCUGGUUCUUUUGGAGCAGAUUGGUUUUGUUGAUUAAGAUAGGUGAGACAACCAUGUAAGAGUUUCAAAAGUAGACAAAAUGGAAAAGGGUCGGCCAUUGCCAAAAUUUGGUGAAUGGGAUGUUAAUGAUCCUGCUUCAGCUGAGGGAUUUACUGUGAUCUUUAACAAGGCCAGGGAUGAGAAGAAGACAGGGGGUAAACCUGAGUCACCAGGAAAGGGUGAAACGAAUAUCAAGCCUGGAGUGGAACCUAGCAAGCCUCAGUCCAAAAAAUGGUUUUGCUGCAUUCAAGAUCCACCUGCAGAAUCUUGACAAAGUUCUAUCGAUAUAAGUGCUUCCACGGAAGACCAUGUUGUUCUAUAACUGGUUCCACCAUAUUUUUCCAUAGAAGAUAGGAGCUUUAGAACAGUUUCUGCUGGAAUUUGUUGUGUGCUGUAAAAUUGAGUUGUGAUGGAAGGAGUAAAGAAGACAAAAACACUUAUUGUAUCUAUAUAUUGUCUUAUGUGGUGAUUAUCAUUGAGAGGCAAAUCUGUUUCUAAUCUUUC